AUGGACGCCAAGAAAGAAGCCCCAGCUGCUGAAGUUACUGCACCAGCCGUCGCUGCUGCCCCAAGAAGAGAAAGAGGAGAACAAAGAGGAGAGAAGAGAGGAUUUGGCAACAGAAGAGGAGGACGUGGAGCCCCAAGAGGAAGAGGAGCCAGAAAGGAAGGCUCAGGUGAGUGGGUUCCAGUCACCAAGCUUGGCCGUUUGGUGAAGGAUGGCAAGGUGAAAACCAUUGACCAGAUCUUCGAGUUUGGUUUGAAGAUUAAGGAAUACCAAAUUGUUGACACCCUUCUCCAAGAUCUUAAGGAGGAAAUGAUGUGCAUGCAAUCAGUCCAGAAACAAACUGCUGCCGGUCAGAGAACCCGUUUGAAAGCCUAUAUUGCCAUUGGAGACGGAAAAGGUCACGUCGGAUUGGGUGUCAAAUGCGCUAAGGAAGUUGCUAGUGCUAUUAAGGGUGCUAUGAUCCAAGCUAAACUCUCAAUCAUCCCAGUCAGAAGAGGAUAUUGGGGUGCUACCAUCGGUACCGUCCACACCGUCCCAUGCAAGCUCACUGGUGCUUGUGGUUCAGUCAGAAUCAGACUCGUCCCAGCUCCAAGAGGUUCCGGAAUCGUCGCUUCCGUCACUCCAAGAAAGUUCUUGGUCCUUGCUGGUAUUGAGGAUGUCUUCACCCAAUCCAACGGUCACACCAAGACUCUCGGUAACUUCGUCAAGGCUACUUAUGACGCCGUCAGACAAUCAUAUGCUUUCCAGACAAAGGACUUGUGGAGAGCUCCAGUCAACCAACUCUCACCAAUGGACAGAUUCGCUAAGUUCCUCGCUGAAGAGAAGAAGAAUUAA